GAGGCCUCCGGCAGCUCCGGGUUCGCCUCUCUGUCCCUCCGGCAUCUCCGGCAGCUCCGGGUUCGCCUCUCUGUCCCUCCGGCAGCUCCGGGUUCGCCUCUCUGUCCCUCCGGCGAUAAACCGCUUCAGAAAUGGGUUUUAUACUUUCUAAAUCCAUGGACCAGAAUCUGAGGAAGCAGCAGGAAUUUAUGUUUCACAACUCACGACUCCAGUUGGAGCGUCAGAUCCUCAUGCAGAACCAGAUGCGUGAGAGACAGAUGGCGAUGCAGGUAGCCUGGUCCAGAGAAUUCGUCAAGUACUUCGGAGCAUUCUUCUGUCUGGCCACUGUGGGUCUUACCGCUGGGGCUGUGAAGCGGAGGAAACCUGCACUGUUCACACCCGUGGUCCCGCUCACCUUCAUCCUGGCCUACCAGCUGGACGUGGCCUACGGAACCCUCGUCUACCGUGUGAGAGGCGAAGCAGAGAGCAUCAUGGUGUCCGAGAGUGACCGUCUGGAUUUGCCCCAUGGAAUGCCGACAUUCGAGAGCAUCGAGAAAGCCCGGAGAGCAAAAUCCCACCUCCCGCCUCUCUCCGACGAAUGAGGCCUCACCUUCCUUCUGUGGAUCUGCCAACUGACUCAGUUUUCCGGGUCAGCAUGAAGCCACUGUUAACGGAUGUCCGUCUCGGGGUGGGAGGUUGUAACUCAAGGCAGCACGCCACAAACAUGCACUAAUGUCACAGUGAGAAACUGGACAGUUUCUGCCAGUCAACAUUCUGUCUCCACCAGUUAAAAUGAACUUUUCUCAUCAAGAAAGUGGACAUCAGUAGUCAGGAAAGAUCUGUUUGUUGUCUACAGAUGUGCAGACACCUCAAGAGCGUGUUAUGACAGGACAGCAGACUCAAGGUCCUGCAUUACAUGGCACUUAUGAGGCUGAGGUUUGGUUUAGUUUGUUUAUAUCACCAUUAAUGCCUUUUUUGCCAAAAUCUCUUAUUCUAGUGUGCUAUGUUCAUGUACUGACAAGCAGUAAUGCAUAAAACAGGAAAACUGUCAUUCCUAUUGCCACUGCAUUUAAAAUUUGUCUUGCACUGUGCCACUGGUAACAAUAAAAAAUCUCUUUGUAAAAUUUCA